GGGGCCAAAAAACCCCGGGGGAGAUUCCAGGGACUCUCUCCAACCAGCUGCCCAGGGUGGAUCCCUCCCCUCCUCUGGCUCCUCCUUUUAGGAAAGGCUGUGUCCACUUUGGAAGCCGGGCGGGGUGAGUCGGGAAGAGGCGCCCACGGUGCAAGUGGCUGCCCAGGUGAUUGCAGGACGGGCAGGCGAGGAAAGCAUGGGCGUGGCUCCUUGGUGCCCGGCUAGCCGACUUGGCGCGGUCUUCCGGGAGACGACUCGGGGCGAGUAGGUGGAUCAGUCGGCGAUGUCUUUGGAGGACCCUUUCUUCGUGGUGAAAGGUGAGGUUCAGAAAGCAGUAAAUUCAGCACAUGUGCUGUACCAGCGCUGGUGUCAGCUGCUUCAGGAAAUUGACAUUGUCAACAAAGAGGAAUUUGACUGGACAACAAAUGAACUCCGCAACAGUUUGCGCAGCAUUGAUUGGGACUUGGAGGAUCUGGAGGAAACCAUUUGCAUUGUGGAAUCAAACCCCCGUAAGUUCAAAAUUGAGUCCUCUGAGAUAGCAGCCCGGCGUGCUUUUGUCACAGAGAUGAAGGUAUCCAUUAAGGAAAUAUGGGAUCACAUAUUCAGUCCAACAGCACAAGCCAUUAUUGAAAGGAAAAAUAGAGAGAUGCCAGUGGGGAGCAAGGAACGAUCUCGGCUCUUGGAGGCAGAGGGACUCUCAACAGUCAAUUUACAUGCUCUGGAAGAGCAGCAGUUGCACCAAAAGCUUAUCAUUGAUGCCCAAGAUGAGCAGAUGGAGCUGGUCUCAGGUAGCAUCCGAGCCCUGAAACACAUGUCUGGCCAGGUUGAAGAGGAGUUGGACGCGCAGGCUGUGAUGCUGGAAGACUUUGCUCAUGAGAUGGAUGGCACUCAUAGCCACAUGGAUGGAGUGCUCAUAAAGAUGUCCAGAGUUUCACACAUGACCUCAGACCGUCGUCGGUGGUGCAUCGCAGGCGUGUUGCUCAUCAUUGUGGUGGUGGUGCUGAUUCUCGUGUUCACUUUGUGAUCAAAUGGCAGGGAAGGGUGGCAGAGUGCCCCUGUUGAGUAGAACAUCUGGAACCACCUCUGCCUCGUGUAUCUUGAGCAAAAGUGGAAAAGCCUUCCAACUCGCAAAGAAGCAAGUCAUUUUGUUGAAGUUCUUGCUACUGCAGAUUUGGUGAAAAGGGAGGGCUUGGAAAGCUGGAGGUUGGUACCUUUACUAUGGCAAGUCUGUAAAGUUCCCUUUCGAUGUGUGCACUUAAGAUAUUGGGAUGAAGUAACACAUAGAAGUUGGUACUCGUUCAUGUUGAGAGCAUGGGUACCAGUUCAAGUUUCUGUCUUCUGAGUGGCCUUCUCAUCAUAUUUUGAGCCAUGUAAGAAGGUGAGAGCACACUGAUUUAUCUUACUGACAUUGAAGAAUAUGGAUCUUUGUCCUCUCUUUGAAUUAAAGCAGGUUGGCUCUACAUUUGCUGACUGCCAGUGAUUGAUUUAAGCUCUAAGUUGUGUUUCAUCUUGAUUAAUGCCAGAUGGGAACCAUCGGGGAGAUUGGACAGCAUGCUGCUGUGUCUUGCUUUUUAAAGAGAUGAAAUUACUCAGGGUUGAGCAUGAUCCAAAGCUGUCCUGUGAUUUAAGUACCAAGACCUUUCUUGUUGAUUUGGGAAUAGAAUUCAGGGUGCCACAGUCAUUAUUCUAAUUGGAUGAUAGCCCCUUCCAGACACUGGGAGCAGAAUCCAACAGUCCUGCCACACACGUCUAGGCCUCAGUGCUGUGCUUCAAGAGACUGGUACUGCUUCUGUGCUCCUAAGUACUCCAAGGAAAACAUUGUACCAGUGAGUCCACUCAGUCCUGUCUUCCCAUCUUGGCAUUGGAUAUAAUAUGGUGAACAUCCUCCAACUAAGAUUAAAUUUAUGCUAAGCCAGAUGCUGUCACCAGCUAAUUUUGGGUAAGACCCUGUGACCUCUAGAUUUUCCUGGAUAAUAGGUCUGUGUGUGGCUGCUAAGCUGUUACAUGCAGUCUGAAGCCAUUCUGUGUUUUUACCGAUACAAUUGUUUAAAAUGCCAAAUCAAUUUUUUUCAAAUAAACAUUUUAUAUCUCUGUUUAAUAAGA